UGUCCAAAAGCAUUGAUUUGAACAGUAAUUAUUGUGGAAUGUAAAUGAAGAAUGAUGCAAUAUUAAUGCUUUCUAUGUACAGCUCCACAAGGAUCUUCUGGAAGGAGUUGCAGUAAGAUAAAACACAAAAAAUUGCUUUUCUCCGGUACUAUGUGGUGAAGCAGAGGAGCUGAAAUUGUCCACUUUUGUACAGGCCAAGGACUUAAAAUGUUUGUUAUUUUGUGAGCAAAAGCAGUUCUGGAGUGAAUUGAACUUCUGAAAAUGCGGCCAUGGACUGGUUCCUGGCGUUGGAUUAUGCUCAUCCUGUUUGCUUGGGGAACUUUGCUCUUUUAUAUUGGUGGACACCUGGUACGAGACAGUGAGCACCCAGAUCACUCUAGUCGUGAAUUAUCCAAGAUACUUGCUAAACUUGAACGGUUAAAGCAGCAAAAUGAAGACUUAAGACGGAUGGCAGAGUCUCUCAGGAUACCAGAUGGUCCCAUUGAUCAGGGGCCAGCUGCAGGAAAGGUGCAUGCUUUAGAGGAGCAACUCUUAAAGGCCAAAGAACAGAUAGAAAACUAUAAGAAGCGGACAGGAGAUGGAGGCCUUGGAAAAGACCAUGAAAUAUUGAGGAGGAGGAUUGAAAAUGGGGCUAAGGAACUUUGGUUUUUCCUCCAGAGUGAACUGAAGAAGUUGAAAAAUCUAGAAGGAAGUGAACUGCAAAGACGCAUUGAUGAAUUUCUGUCUGAUCUGGGUCAUCAGGAAAGGUCGAUAAUGACCGACUUGUACUACCUCAGUCAAACAGAUGGAGCAGGAGAUUGGCGAGAAAAAGAGGCCAAAGAUCUAACAGAUUUGGUACAGAGGAGAAUAACUUACCUGCAGAACCCAAAGGACUGCAGUAAAGCCAAGAAACUAGUCUGUAAUAUCAACAAAGGCUGUGGCUAUGGCUGCCAGCUUCAUCAUGUAGUCUACUGCUUCAUGAUUGCCUACGGCACACAGCGGACGCUCAUCCUGGAGUCUCAGAACUGGCGGUACGCCACCGGUGGCUGGGAGACCGUAUUCAGGCCUGUCAGCGAGACAUGUACUGACAGGUCAGGUACCACCACUGGGCACUGGUCAGGUGAGGCUAAUGAUAAGGAUGUUCAGGUGGUGGAACUUCCCAUUGUUGACAGCUUACACCCACGGCCACCUUAUUUACCACUGGCUGUCCCUGAAGACCUGGCCGAUAGGCUAAUUCGUGUGCAUGGGGAUCCUGCAGUGUGGUGGGUGUCACAGUUUGUGAAAUACUUGAUCCGUCCACAGCCUUGGUUAGAAAAAGAAAUAGAGGAAGCCACAAGGAAACUUGGUUUCAAACAUCCAGUGAUCGGAGUUCACGUUCGAAGGACAGACAAAGUAGGAACAGAGGCAGCAUUUCAUCCCAUUGAAGAGUACAUGGUACACGUUGAGGAGCGCUUUGAACUUCUUGCUCGCAGAAUGCAAGUUGAUAAAAAAAGAGUGUAUUUGGCCACAGAUGACCCUUCUUUGUUGCAAGAAGCGAAAUCCAAGUAUCCCAAUUAUGAAUUUAUCAGUGAUAACUCCAUAUCCUGGUCAGCAGGGCUUCAUAACCGAUACACUGAGAACUCCCUGCGAGGUGUUAUUCUGGACAUCCACUUCUUGUCUCAGGCAGACUUUCUGGUCUGUACGUUCUCCUCCCAGGUUUGUCGAGUUGCCUAUGAGAUUAUGCAGACUUUGCAUCCAGAUGCUUCAGCGUAUUUCCAUUCUUUGGAUGAUAUCUACUACUUUGGGGGACAGAAUGCCCACAACCAGAUUGCUAUUUAUGCUCAUCAUCCACGAACUGCUGAGGAAAUUCCUAUGGAACCUGGAGAUGUAAUUGGAGUGGCUGGAAACCACUGGGAUGGUUAUUCAAAAGGCAUCAACAGGAAAUUAGGAAGAACAGGCCUGUACCCGUCCUAUAAGGUUAAGGAGAAAAUUGAGACAGUCAAGUAUCCUACAUACCCUGAGGCUGACAAGUAGAGCAAAGGCAAGACAUUGGGCAGUAAUUGUCAGUUCUGAUUGGUGUCAGCCAGUCAGCUAACUAACUUAACGGUUUAUAUGGGAUUUGAUCUGCAUUUUUACAUGCAGCUAGAAUCAAAGCCUAUAGUGAUGAAACUGGAUAAGAAACUGAGAACAACGGAUGGGCUAUUCUCUGAACUUACCCAUUUUUUUGUUAUAUGCACUCUCACACAUGCACACAUGAACCCACGCACUAGGAAAAUGGUUGUUUUAUACUUUUCGUCUCUCUUCAGAAUUUGUCCCACUCAUUAGUCUGACCCGAGCUUGGGCUCUUUCCUCUGCCAUUAAUUGACAAUAAUGUUCAGACUUAACAGCACUGCCACAUUGUGUAAUUGAGUGACAUGAACAUAUUUUGUAUGUGCAAAAUUUAAAACAUGGUGCCUAUAUUUGGAAAAUUUGUGACCUUUUUAGAAGAGCCAUGCCUCUCUCACAGUGGGCAAGAAUCAGUCUUUAACUGGUGUUCCGUGACCACUGAACUUGGCUUCAGACAACAGGUUCAGAUCACAGACUAGAUUCCUUUACAAGUUUAUUUUUAGCAUUCCAUUGAUUACUUCUUAUCAUUAAUGAAAUAAAGGAUA